AUGGUUGAACAUAAGGACAUAUUAUCAAAAGUCGCAGAUAUACCUCUGCAGCGGCCUGGUUUUGAUGCCUUAGAGGUAUCAGCACCUGUCCUUGUACAAAUGAAUCCAAAUGGUAAAUGGGAGAACACAAAGCCUGGCAAUUUGGACGAAGAGCGAUUGAAAGCUAUUGUUCAGCAUUUGGUAAAGUCGAAAGCUUUAUCGGCUGCUCAAAGUUACUGCUGCCAAUGUGCUUCUGAGGGAUUGAAAGGCAACGACAACCCUAAUUAUAUUCCAGUAAUUAUGAUGCCUAUAUAUUCUGCAGAUGACUGCCCUUUUGAUUUAGAUUGUGAGGCAAAAAAAAUUCAAGAAGCGGAAACGAAACCAACAAAAAAAGAAAAAGUACAAAGCUUGCAAAAAGACUCAGACAAGGAUAAGGAUAAGAAAAAAAGCAAGAAACGUGGCUUUGUCCUACAAAGGCUAACCGAUUUUGAUUUACUUUCCCAAUGGUGA